UUAUGUUUUCGGUAGGCCGAUUUAAACAGCGUAUGGACACACAGCAAUACGUGUACGGCCACAAAAAACACCCUUCUAUUAGCUAGCAGCAGGCCUGAGCUGUUUGAGUCGUCCUCGUCUCCGGAUUAUAAUAUUUCCGACCGUUUAUGACAGCACCUAAACGCAGCAGAGCCAUUUGAGCGCCAAACUACAGAGCUGUUAGCAUAAAGUAGCUAGUAGCUGCAGUUGGUCAGAGGUUUCUAUAGCUUUUAUCUUUUGAAGGGAAGAAGUACUAAGAAAUAACAUAUUCAACGUCAUAGUUACUAGCUGAAAGUAGCUAACAUCUCCUUGUAAACAGACUAGACUGAGUGCUAUGUUUCGGGGUAAGACUGCCUGGUUUUCAAGCAGCGUGCCACAAACAUGUCACAACUUUUGGAUAUUGGAGGGUGGCACUGUUGUUAGUUGGAGGGCAGCAGAUUACCUUUUCAGUGAGGAUGCUACAUGUCCAGAUACUCUCAGGAUAUUUGACAGCAAAGAUUACCUCUGGAACAAGGUGAUGGUUUUUCACAGUUUGUUUCUGUCUGUCUGUGAGAGGCGGCAGAGUGUGAAGUCUGUGAGCAUUGGUCAUUAUGUGCUGCCUCCAGCCUCCGUGCAGGACGAGGUGAGGAAUGUGGUUGGGAGGUUGAUUUGGGAGUAUGAAGAUGAACAGUCAGAAGCACAGGGCUCCCAGAAGAGUUCUAGUCUCUUGACAGAAGAGGACUACAGUGAAGAAAUCAGCAGAAGCAACUCUGAACCAUCUGAGACCGACUCAACAGAAAGUGAGGGUCCUCUAUGUAAUCAUUUGGGAAACUGUCCAGAUAGUAGCAUGUUAACAGGCUAUGUCAGCAUGGACAACCUGCAGAAAUAUCGAGGUGAACUGUGUGAUUUCCAACCGGAGUUUGUCCAGUGCUGCAAAUGUAAAGCGAACAUAUACAUAACUAAAGCAUGUUAACGCUUGCUGUGCUGCUCACAUUUGCAUAUUGUAGAUAAUGUACUGACAAAAAAAUGAGUUAUGUUUAUUAUGUUUACAUUUCCUUUCUGCAUGUCUUUUGUAUAAAUGUACACUCACAUUAAAACACAGCUAAUGCUCAUAUCGUAUUGUAAUGUUGUCCUUAUUAAUUCAUUGUUUCUGAUAAAUACAGAAUUUUAUCCCCUUGA